AUGGAUAUACUCUUAUUACAUUCCUUUGAUGUAACGGUUAUUAAAAAAACCCCUGAAGGAAAUAUUAUUGAAAGGCAUUAUUUAAGGUCACUGGAAAACGAAAAUCUUAAUAUUGUUCGGGCCAAACUUGAGGGAAGGAAAAAUACAGGACCCAGCGACCUUCAAAUGGGAUCAAACUGUUAUUUUUUGAGAAAGGAUGCCCAAAUUUCACAAAACGAUGAACAUAACAUAUAUAUAUCAGAAAUAAUAGAAGAAAACAAAGACGGAUUUUUAUUAAAUAUCAAGCAAACGACAGACUUUGAUUAUACACAGUUAAAAAAUGAAAAGGGCUUUGCAUUCAAGAAUGAUGGUUCUAUCAUAAGUGCUACUGAAAAAGGCAUCAAAAUUGAUAUAGGUCAAAUUAAUCCCCCAAACUCAUUGAGCGAUAGUAAAACACGAACAUAUAUAUGCAAAGAUACAUGCGAUAGGUCAUGUAAACGGAGUUUUAUAUGCGACGCAAACAUUUCAACUGUUAUAGAAUGGUUUUCCGUUUCUCUCGGUCUUUCUCGUAAUGCUUCCUCAGAAAGUCUUGAAAGUCACACGUCAUCAUCUUCACAUUUUCAUGAGAUGUAUUUAAAGGCAGAACUCAAUAUCUCAAAAUCUUGUGUUGAAUUAACUGAGGACUUCAUCAAAGAUGUCAAAGAUGCAUUGAAAGGAACGACUCGUGAUAAAAAAAUAGACAAUCUUCAUAAAGUAUCAACAAAAUAUGGUCACUUUUAUUCAACACAACUUAUUCUGGGAGGGGUUAUUAGUAGGAAAAAUGUAUACACUGAAAGUUCAAAAAAAAAUUCUGAAUCGUCGAACAUCAACGGCAAUGUUAGCAUAGGACUUUCUCUCGCAAAUACUAGCUUAAGUAUUGAUAGAAGAAACGAACAUGCGACAAACUCUUCUAAUAGUGAUACAAAUGAAAGUACUCGAGUUAUUGGUGGAAUAGAGAGUAUGUACCACAGUGAAGGUUUGAUCCCGUGGAAAAAAUCUCUAGAUAAAGCAAUGAACUGGAAAAUAAUUGAAUAUCGCGAGAUCUAUCUAUUAUUCGAACUAUUAAAAGGGGACUUAAAGGAAAAAGUUUUGGAAGUUUUUGGCCCCCAAAUUCUACAAGCAAAAUUUGAACCAAUCAAAUUUACCCCAAGUGCACACUCUAAACCAUAUGUUUAUGAUUUGUCUCCACAUCUUAAAGAAAUUAAAAACAUGGACAAAUGUCAAAUUUUUGCGUCAAUAAUGAGCAAAGAUGAAAAAAAUGUGUUCUCUUCGUAUAUAGAUUAUGAAAAUAAAGAUUUUAUGACACCAGUCAUAGUGAUCCAUCACCUUCAUAAGUGUACAGCUAGUAUUAUCAAGCUACGAAAAAAAAAGGAAUUCGAUCUUAAACUUGGUUGGAUAAUUGUUGGACCAACGGCAAGCUUCGAUUUUGACAUGCUCUUGAACCCGUUAAUACUGAGAAGUAGAAAGUAUACAGCAUCUGGAACAAAUAGGAUAAGAAUAACAGAUUGCGAGGAUCUAGAUCUUCAAAGAACUUGUAUGCUAGGGAUUUGUGAAUUCGAAGCGGAAACUAACACGGCUCGUGCAGAAUUAAAUCCAGAAAAUAAUUUUGCUUCUACACAUCCUAUUAUAUAUAACCCAGAAGAAUCAACAACGGUCAUUGGUUCUCACUUUGUUGAACCCAUGUCAGCGUUUUUAUUUGAUUGCGAUCUUGGAAGAAAUUCUAGAACUAAUGAAUUUUUACAAGGAAUUUCGUUAAACUUUUGUGCCGUUGAUACAACUAGUUCUCGAGCAAAAAUAACUGGUCAAAUAGAUGUCAACUGGAAUAAAGCUAAUUCAAGCCUAUUUCAUAAUAAGCAUACUUUACCUAUCAAUGAAGCCGAAAAGUAUCCAACAUUAAUAAGUCAGUUAUUUAGCAAUUGUAAUGAUAACUGUAAACAUUAUGGGUUCGUUAAUUUUAAAUUGGACAAAAUUACUUACGGGUCAUUGAAUUUGGGAAAACCGUCAUGUGAAGAGAGAAUUACAUAUUUAUUAACUCGGAAUCCUCUUAAGAUUAAGCAAUACCCUUUGAUGGAACCGAAUUGA